AUGGGCUUAUACAUUGUUUGUGGUGACAGUACACAGCUGGUGGCAGGGGGAAAGGUCUUUGGAGUAGGUGGCACGAUACACACUGUUGCUUAUGGAGAUGAUGUAGUAAGGGUGUGUGUUGACACUGUAUACGAUGGUGAAGCCAUUGUCCCGUUACCCACUUCAGAGAUUCAAUAUGUCAGGGACGUCGUGAACUCAUUCAUUGGAUGGCCCAAACAUCUAGUGAAACCUUUAUCUUAUGAUUCUAACCUUAAUGUGCGGAAGCCAGUUGAACAUAGUAGUGAUGCAAAGCUUGCAGGUGAAUCCGAUCCAUUGGGAGAGUUGAUGAAGAUAUUGUUUUAUGUGUACCAGAAUCCAGUGGAAGUGCCAUGGGAGGCGAACCAAUUUGGACUUCCUGAUAUUGGGGCAAAAUUUUACAUCACACAUGCAGAUCUAGCGGAAAUAAUAUCAGGUGACAAGUGUUUAAACAUAGCGAUACUACAAUUGUGGACCAUAUUUAUGAAUGAGUGCGGUAGAAGCAAAGCUGAUCAGUCACUAUAUGGUUUGUUGGAGCCUCAAUCUAUACAAAAUGCUAAGGAAAGACGUCAACAAUGCCAACAAUACAUUGAAACAUGGGUCAAGGAAUCACAAAGGCAGUUGUAUUUAGGAGCUUACUUGCAUCAGGCACAUUGGCAACUAUUUGUUCUCCACCCAAGGGAAAACACGGUCGUUUGGUUUUGUUCUCUGAGGAAGAAGCCUGAUAUUAACAUCAAAGGCGCAAUUAACAGUGCAAUGAAGACAAUAACUAGUUCUUUUGAAGGCGUGUCUAAUCAAGGUGCACCUCGAUGGGUUGAACCCAAGAGUAAUGUGCAAAGUGGAGGAUUUGAGUGCGGAUAUUAUGUCAUGCACUGGAUGUGGUGCAUCGUGACUGCCGGUUUGAAGGAUGACUGGCACAAGUGGUUUUCUGAUGGCUCAUCGUUAGACGUAGAGGUCAUCACAACAGUUCGACAGAAAUGGGCAACUUACUUUUUAACUUUUAUGAAAAGCAGUUGCUAA